AUGCCUCUUGCUGGAGGGAUCCCUGCACCCACCAUAACGCCGUUGCGACUGUGUGUUUCAGGGAAGGCAUCAAAUAAUAUCGAUACUGGUACAUUCAUCGAGUUGGGAAACGAAAAUCCGAAUUGCAAUACGUAUUUUACCACAAACGGUGAGACGCCAAAUCCUUCUCAUCGAAUUUUUGGUGGUAAAGAGGUAACUUUUCGUUAUCGUGCUCCAUUCCAACUUAAAGCCGGUCGCCGAACUGUCAAAGCAAUUGCCGUUCAUAAAGUGAAUAGAUCUGAAAGCCACGUUGUAAGCAAGACUUUCAACGUUACUGAACUUACUCAUUCCGGUAGUAGCGGUAGUGUUUCAGGUGACGAUUACCCCACCUCGAUUGUUCCCAUUCAUAACGACGCUGCAAGUUCUAUGGACGAUUCACUGGAUAGUUUUAUGAGAAAGAACACCGAUCAGGGAUUCGCUGCGACUAACCACUCGGGCACCCAAAUAAAUGUCUAUGGAAGUGUACCGGGUGUUGGUUGGGAUAUGAAAACCCCAGAUGGAAAUAAUUUUUCCAGCAAUUUUUUGCCGCCUCUACAUUCACAACAGGUUUACGCUCCCUUGAUGCAACAAGAACCAGGAGUUACACAGCAUCAACUUACUGCUGUAGUUAACCAUUUGAAUCAAUACAUCGAUCAAAUGCGACAACGGACAGUAAUUGAGGUUCGUGAAUCCCUUUCUCAAGCAGUUGCCCAUAUCCUGAAGUCCAUUCCAAAGCCCCAACUAAUUCCCCAGCCCGCACCAACACCAGCUGUUGAGUACCCUACAUACUUGAAGGGUCCCCUGGGUCAAAUCAUGCAACAGUUUAAUUCCUACGCUACCAUCAGUUCGAAUAUUCUCAACGAGCUUUGUGGGUCUGAUGUCGGCAAGGGCAACAGAGAUGAGAGUCCCACUUUUGAUCGUAACAAAGCUAAACGGGACGCUGAAGAGAUACUAGCUGCGGGAGAAAAAAAGUUGGGAACGGAUGAAUCGAAGUUUAACGAAAUACUAAUCUCCCGUUCCAAUGCGCACUUGAGAGCAGUUUUUCAAGAGUAUGAGAAAAUCAGCAAGAAGACUAUUGAAGAGGCUCUUAAAUCGGAAAUGUCUGGCGAUCUUUUGCGCGCAUUUUUAAGUGUCGUACGAUCAGUUCAGAACAAACCGGCAUUUUUCGCUAAAACCUUGCAUCGUUCAAUGAAGGGACUUGGAACGGACGACGAAUCGUUAAUUCGUGUAGUUGUCUCAAGAUGUGAAAUCGACAUGGUUCAAAUUAAGGAAGCAUUUAAGGCUGAAUACAAGCAGACACUGGGAGAAUUUAUCAAAAAUGAUACUUCUGGAGAUUAUCGUUUGACGCUACUCACCUUGAUCGGAGAUGAAUCAUUGGUCAAAAAGUGA